UUUCCAUCUAGGCAACAUUGCACAUUCCAUUCAUGAUUUUAGUCAAUUCAAAUACUUCAUUCAAAAAAUCAGGGUACCAAUUAAAUGUUUUCGGAGCUUUAGCAUAAAAACUGAUCUCAUUAAAGAUGAAUAUUUGUCGAUUAAUGAGUUUUAAACAAUUUUGGUAUUUUUAAAUUCGUUCUUUAUAGUAGGAUAUCUUGUGCAUGUAAACUUGACUUGCGCGUCAUACUGUACGCAAUGGAGUUGUGUUAUGUGUAAAUACUCUUCGUAUUUAAAUACAUCAUAAUCAGGAAUAUUUAAAUUCAACAAACUGAAGUAAACGAAUAUUUGAGUGAGAGAGAAAGUUAUGGAAUAUUGGAAAAUUAUAAAAUAUUUCGAACUUCAUGUAUGGGUAACGAAAUUUUUGGUGACUACUGGAAGAUGUUACACAUGAUAUUUAUUCUAAAGAAAUUAAUGGGACGUUUGAUGAAGAGGCAGUCUUGAAAGUUUCUAAUGGUUCUCCAAAAUCGAAGAAAUAAUAUGGCAUCUGAACAGCCCUUGAAGAAGAAACCGAAGAUUGAAGGAGUGGAAUCGUCUGAUGAAACCGACUUCAUUGUUAAUUUUCCAUCUGACAGUGGACUAUCUAGCCUAACUACCCUUCAUCUAUCUCUUCCUGUAAAUAUAAAUGAAGAGGAUAUCAGUUUGAAUAAUAUCAACCAGCAAUUCAACGAUAGAUUGCCUUGUAGAGCAAGUGAUUGUAGUGUGAGCAAUAAUGAAAGUGAAGAUCACACUAUUAGUGUAACUAAUGACAUAUUCAGUUUCUCUUAUCAAUCCAAUGACUCUAAUAUUUCAAUUGAACCCGCUCCAAACAUCAACUUGUCUAACGAAGUUGUCAAUAGUUGGACCACCAAUAGUUGUGAUCAGAUUAUUCCAGUUCAACAAAUUCCGGAAUAUGUUACACAGGACUACAGUGAGAAUGUGGAAAGUGGUUUGGAUAUGUUUCAGAACAUGCUAGUGAAGCAGUGUCUAUGUGGGAUAUCAGACGAGUUAUUUCAAAAUCCAUUUGAAGGAUACCAGCUCAUCAAUCCUAUAGGAAUUCGAUGUGGUAUGUUAACAGAAUGGCCUACCUCAAAAAUUUUACAUUUUCUAUCUAAUCUACAAUUACUUUUCGACAUUUAUAUAAAACAGAAUAAUAGGGGAUUAAUUUGUUCUAAAAUUUUAGAUUUAUGUAACAGUAUUAUGGUCAAUGAGUAUAAUUUGAUGGAACAAAUAUUAUCAUUAUGUGAUACUAGGAAUAGAUAUAUCAAUUUUAUGUCUGCAAAAGUAGUGAGUAGUUUCUUUAUCAUUGCGAAAACAGAGUUGAAUAACGAAUGGUUGGAAACUUUGUAUAGCUUCCUAACUUUAGAUAAUGUUGAUUACAUUAAAAUGAAUUUUACUCUAGAAAUAAUAAAAAGAGUUGUUGAAUGGAAAGAUGCUGAUACUCACGUAUUGGAAGAAAACAAUUCGAGUUCAUUUGAAAAUAAAAGCAACAUUGAUUGUUCAACUGUACCCUAUAAUGACUCAGAGAGUUUUGAUACCAGCAAUGUGAAAGGACUGAUUAUUAGAAAUCUUACUAUCAGAUGGCAGAUUUUAAUAUCGAAAAUUCGUUUUCUGAUUGAUAAUAACAAUAAUGUACAAGCUCAAACAUGUAUCAUAACAUUCUUGGAAUUAUGGGAAAAUACAAUAUCGGUAAGAAAUAAUCUGAGUGUAAUAGAUACUAAACCAUUUUAUGCACAUUUGGAGACUUUCUUAUCGUUAUUGAAUAAUUCUCUUCCCUCUAUUAUAUGGAAACAACUGUUAUCUUUAUUCAACGAAGUACUCUGUUAUGGGAGCACCUUAGCACUUCAAAGCUUAAUUCCAGAUGAUACCUGUAGGCUAGCACAUUUUGUUAUACGUUUUGUUAAAGAUCAUGCUUUACUAGAUAGUUUACCUUACAGACGCAGUGAAGGUUAUACGGUCAAUAGCUUUGUCGGCACAAUACCUAGCACACAUCCUUUACAAAGUAAUAUGGAUAAAACUCUGUUACAGAAGAUGGUGUUGUUGGUACUUAAAUCUGUGGCACUCUCCAUAAAAGAGACGAAAUCAGACAGUUCAGAUUCUAGCAUAGGUUCAGAUGAUUCCGAUUACAACCAAGACAUGUUGGUUAUAGGUAGAUCAAUGAAAGACGUCUUGAAAAAAUUGGAUAUAUUCUUGAAAAAUAAUCUUGAAUUUCAUCCUGAAACUCCAUUUUCCAAUAUACUCGUUCAUUUAUUUAGUGAUCAAGACGAUUAUUUAAUUGAAUCGAUGGUUUGUACACUCGAUAUAAUUGUCGGAAUACCAGACAGAUGUGCUGUUUAUCCAGAAUUGUUCAAUAUGUUGAACCCCUCCUAUACUUUUGUGGAAUUUUUGAAGGUGGUCGGUCAUGGCUCAGAUGUUCUUUUAGAUUAUUUAGUCAGUAAUGAGACUUGCUUCUUGUUGUACCUUUUGAGAUUCCUUAAGUAUGUUCGAAAAAACUGGUCGAUUUUUAUGCGAUGUUGUAGAGAAGCGAGUUUAUCUAACACUAAUGAAUUUGACAGCGCAAUGCGAGUUUUAGUUAAUUUAUACGAUCAAAUAUCUAGGUUAGUGUUAAGGCAACUAUUCCCAUAUAAUAUUGAUCCCAUCUUGAGGCUACUCAAAGGGUGUAUGAAUUUAUAUGAAGGCGGGGAAUACAGUUGAUUUUGAUAAGUUCAUUUAAUUUCUAAGAAAAGAAUUAAAUCAUGUAAAUUGUAAACAGUUGACUGGUAUCAAAUGUAAUAAAACAAUAUAAUCAAUGCUUAUUCAGGACAAAUAAUAUCGUUAUUAUUAUUAUUAUUAUGUAUAGUUUCCGCAUUCUGGAAUAGAUGCCAGAAAAUUUCAAAUAUUUCAAGACUACAGAAUCAGACCAAUUUUAAAGCUGGUCAAAGAAACUGGACUUGCCCUAACUAUGCUGAAAGAUUUUUGUUCUGUUUCUGACCUUCACUUUUAUCAAGGGUUUUUCACAACAUCAGAAGUAUAUAGAGAACAGUUUUUUGAAAACUUGUAGAUCAUAAUGAAUGGACGGGAUCUAUUCAACUAAAAUAUCGUCACAGUGAUUCUUCCGAUUAUAUCGGUUAUAUGAAAUGGGACACAACAAAUUUUAUUACAUUUUUGUAGACUCCACAUUAUUUUACAUAUGUUUUUUUGACUUCCUCUUACCCAAACCUCAAGUUUCUGGAGAUAAUAAUUCAUUUCACUCAAAUUACAUGUGAAGUUAGUCUUCAAUUGUUGUAAAUUCCUACUGAAGAAAGUUGACCUCCUGUUUUCACCAUUUUUUCAUGAGAAUCCCAAUAACUCAUAAGCUGUUUUUGACCAAGGAAUGGCAUCAUGCUGAAGCUAUCCAACGAUGCAAAUAUAUACUGGUUUACCAUUUAAAAUAAGAAAGUGGCGGCUGCUUCCGGUAUAACCGGAAGCUGCAGAAGUGACAUUUUGUUUUAGGGAAAACUCCCAUGCAAAUUUUCAGCACAAAAUUCUGAUUAGUCCUCUGUAAACAUCUAAUAGGCCAUCUAUCAUGGGACACCCUGUAUAUUUCACUAAAAUUAAUCUCUUGAAAUCAUUCUCAAAAACUGCUAGACGAGUAUAGUUUAUACUAAGUCACUUGAAUAACUUAGUUAUUUCCUUUUUUUUUAUGACUGGCUUACAAUAAAACAUUGUAAUUUUUUUAGUUACAGAGUACAUGAUCUAAAGUCUCAACCAACAUUUUGUUCUAGCAUUCCCAAUCUUUAUAGUUAAACUUUAUUGGCGCACCGUCUGUCUUUUUGUGAAAGACUCAAAUAAAAUCCAGUUUUGUUUGCUAACUUUAAAAAAGUUCAUAUAAAAUGAUGUAUGAAUAAUUAGUGAUUCACAUGUGCCUUGUCAUUAGAUAUGCAUUUGAUCAGCUUUUCCCUAUUUCUCUUAAUAAAUCUUCAUCAUAAAUUUUGAACUAAAAUUAUUGGGUAUUUAUAGGUACAUGAACAAUCAAUUUGAAAUUCUGUCAUUGUCAAAAUAUCUGCUUGUAUUCAAAAGAUGCCGCAUACAUGAUUUUUAGCAUCUUCCUUUUUCUUUUUUAAAAAUGUUGAUUUGUGUUCAAGUCCUACAUUCCUACCUUAAUUUGUUGAAUGAAAAUAGAUUAAUCUGCAUUCCUUGUUAUAGUAUGUUUAUCCCUCUCGUAUGAAGUUGACGCCGACUUUUUUGAAAAACACUGAGAUAAAUUUUUGACAUAAUAGAAAAUAUUGGUUUGUCGAAUUUCUAACCUUAUUAAAGCUAAUAAAUUGAAAAUUUUGGUUUUUUCGAUGAAACUUUCUUGACAUAUUUUGUAGAACUUACCGAGCGCUACUCAGAACUCUCCUCGGAACUCUCAUCAAAACUCUUCUGAGAUCAAGUUUUCAAAUUUCUGAUCUUAUUAUUGCUGAUGAUGAUGUUUUGUUUUUCGAUAAAAGUCAUUUGACAUAUUUUGUUCCACUCGCCGAGCGCUAUUCAGAACUGAAAUAUCUCUUUUUUUUUCUCUCAAAAUGAUUUUUUCAAGGGCCCAAAAACCUAUGUUCUACAUUAUUGUAUUUUUGCAGAAUUUUUAAAAACGAUCAAGAACUCUAGAACUCUUUCUUCUUCAACGAAAAAUAGCACCAGAACUCUAAUUUUUUCGAAAAAGGCGGCGCCGAGUGAAGUUAGCGCCACUAAUUUGUGUUUCUCAUUAGAAUCCACUAUUUGCCACAACUAUACAAAAUUUGUAUCGGUAAUUCCAGAACUCUUUUAAAUGUACCCAGAAUUUAAAAUAAAAUUGUGUUUUUAAAAAAAGUUGGCACCAACUUCACAUGAGUGUUAUGAUGGAGUAAAUAAUUUAUUAAUGGUGAGAAUAUCUAUUAGACUUUUGUUAGGUCAUUGUUCAUAAAUCAUGGAAAAAUUGGAUUUGGAUAGUAAAAGAAACAAUGUCAAUCUUGUGUUCAACAAAAAAUUCAGAAAAUUGCUAAUCUGAAAAAUUAAUGUUAUUCAUUCAUCAAACCGUCUGUUCAAUUCAAUAUUGUAGUAGUUGUAUGUUAUUGUUAUGAUAUUUGGAAUUAUUACUCACUUUUUACAAUUUACUUACUGAGAAACCUUAUUUGUAUAUAUUUCCACACUGGAUUCAAUAUACUGCAUUUAAGAGUCUUGCAAGUUAGUAUUUUUUCAAUUUAGGUGAUAUUUUUUUUUAUGCAAAUUCAAGUGACUUACUCAUAAAUCAUUCGAAAAAUCCAGGUCCUUAUUAGAAAAAAACGGAACCUAUUGUUUGUUUCAUGAGCAAUAUAUCUUAAUAAUGGACUAGUGAGACCUAAAUAUAGUGUAUUCAGAAUAGCCAAUGUCUUUCCCCUUCUCCUUUCUAAUGGCAUACCUGUAUAUGUAAUUCAAACCUGUACUUAUAAUAUUGGUAAAUUUAAAUUUCAUUUGUGUACAUUCAAUUAUUUAAGUUUUUCCUAUUUAUUGAACAUAUUUAUUCACCUCUGUGUAACAAAAUAUGUAAAUUAUAGUUACCUUCAUAAAGUUGUAAAUAUAUACGAUUGUAAAAAUACAAUGCAAUAUCAGAAAAUGAAAUUCAUUAUUUUUGUAAGGCUAAAUACAGAUUAGGUUUAAUUGAAAAUCUCCAGAUUUUGUCAAAUAGAGUUAACCUUAUUUAAUGCUCAUUUUGUAUAAUAAAUAGAUAAUUUUUCAGUA